AACGCCUACUGAAAAACACAUGUUGUAGUUACAUGCCACGUAAUAUCAUAGUUGACUUGUCCACUGCCAAAACCCACUGGUUCAAGUUGCUCCUUGGUCCUGGCGAGAGAAACUUCAGCAGCAGUCCAGUGUUCACGACUUUCGUAAGAAAUAUCUCCAGAAUGUUGCACCAAGCAAGCCUUGUCAAGAUAUACGCGACUUUCAAGAAGGAACUACUAGUCGCAGAAUCUUGGUCUCAUCCGCGAGUCCGCAUGAAGAUAUUGCUCGGCUGAAAAAUGAAUCCCACCAAUGCCUGUACUUUUACUUUUUGCUUUCUUCCUUGUCAGCACAGCUUCUGAAAUGCUUUGUCGCAAGCUUUCCUCUUGCUUUGAUGAAUUGAAAUUAAGCACCCUUUCAUUAAAAAUUCCUCUCAUUUUUUUGCUUUCUUCUUUUAAUAAAUUUCUAUAAUGUAGAUAAACCUCUGUUCCUUCAUCUAACUAUGGAGCGAGUGAAUAUCCGCGGACCACAGAUUUUCAAGGGGAAAAGUUACACUUGUGGGAAACUGGGGUUUUUGGGUGGCGGGGGAGAGGGGGACGUACUCAGAUGUAUAUACCGUCCAAAACUGCAAUUGCCCCUGUAUAGACAUAUUUACAGUUGGUCUUUUACUCUGCAUACCUCUGCAUACAGUUUAACCCGUUACUUUGCAUACAAAACUUUAACCCGCUACUCUGCAUAGAAAAGUUUGACCCGUUACUCUGCAUAUAAAACGACAGGCUAACCAGUAUACAUGUAGAUGCAUAAUUUCAGAUUUUUUUCCCACGAAACUCGAUUGUCCGCGGAUAUGUAGUCGCUCCACCAAAACAAUGCAAAACCUAACUUCCCUAGUAUAUCGUGUUCUCACCUAAACUAGAAAAAACCACAUCUGACCUUAAUUAGGCCUAGCGCUGUGGUGUGCUAGCCUAGACCCGAGAGAUGAAACUGUAACAAGAACUUUCAUGCAUGUCCCGAUGUUCAGUUCGCGGAUAGUAUACAAACUACCCCUAGCUACAGUACUACACAAGUGCAACAUGCACAUACUAACAUACAUAGACAAAUUUAUAUCUCAAACUAAGUGAAGCAGAUAGUAACUUAUGAAGUGGGAGAAGGUGCAGAGAAAGAAGAAGAAGAAAAUGGUUGACAGAUCGAUGAAUGCUGGUGAUUGAAAGGUGAAAUUCUCUUAUUAAUAACUAUUAUUAUUACAGCAUUAUUCAAACUACUAUAAAUGACAAAAGUAUUGUUGGCAGAGAAAUAAUUGACUAAAUUGAAUGUAGCUACGUCUCUGCUUGGAUAGAAUGAAAUAUGUCAUAAAAGAAUAGAUUCAUCAUUUGUUCAGGUGGGAUUGUUCACCAUAGUUAAUUUCAAUUUCCAUAACGUUAUAUACUGUAAAUAUAACUGAAUACCUCUGAAACGUCGCAUUUAUAGCUGAUAUCAUGGUCAAAGGCUGUUUCCACGUUCAUUCCUAAUCCAAUUCCACUCGGCGUCAGAAUGGUGGGACACUGUCGAACCCGUUUCGAACUAUGACCCACCAGGAUACCGAUACGAACAAAGGUAUCUGUAUCCGAACACCGAGUGUCCUGAUAAAACCUCUUUGACUGGAGACCUGCUGGCCAAGUGCGAGAUACAGUGCUUGGAAGAUGCCGACUGUCCCCCACUGAAUUUAUGCUGCCCUAAUGGAUGCGGGAGGGUCUGCGUCUCACCAAAACCGACAAGGACAGAUGAUUGCGGCUGUUCGGUGACCUUCCUCACUCAGUCGGGGUCUUACUACGAAUACUAUGAUAGGUACAUUUAUGAGUACGAUUACUAUGAUUACCAUGACCCCAGCUAUUACAUCUAUAAUGACUAUGCUGAAAGAGAUGACAUCUUUCUCAUGAACUUCAUCUGGGAAUCACUACGAGAAAGUUUCACACCAUCUAUGGAACCGUAUGUCAUCAAUCCUGAUUUCACUGAUGUCCUGUUGGGGCCUUACAAGACUCUGUGCCAACUCAGAAAUGAGCUCUUGUCAGAAUCAUUCAGCAGUUACCGUCGCAGUCUUUCCAAAUACGAUGUGUUCAGAAAGAAGAUUAGAAAUCUGUUUAUAGUGACUAAAAGAAAUGAAACACUGAAAAAAAUCAGUGAGCUGAACCUUGGGGUUACUUAUACGACCAUCUGUCUCAUUACCAUUGGAAAUGUUGAGGUUCCUGAUAAACUGCUUAGUCAGCUGACUCACCUUGGAUUGAAAUCAACGCCGCUACUGUGUUACUGGUCUGUGGAAUCCCAUUAUGACCUACAGAACCUUUCGCAGAGUAUCAAAAAGAUCAUUAAUGACGGAGGCUGUUCAUGUCCAGGAGAAUCUGGUCCUGUUGGCCCUUGUAUAGAGGAGGGUGGAAAGUGUACAAAGGAUGAUGAUUGUGGAAGGUCAACACAGAUUUGCGACAAAGGAGUCUGCAAGAAACAAGACUGUUUCCCACCAGACAUUUUUGAACCUAUGCCUGAUAUGGACUACGAUUUUGACUCAAGUUUUUAUGACGACCCCAUUAACUUCAGUCCUUAUGAUUUUAGUAAUACCUAUUACCAUAACUAUGAUUAUUAUGCAAAGGAGUAUGACGAUAUCUUUUAUGACGACGCUUUUUAUACCGAUUUUGAAGCUUCGAUAAAUCAAAUAAAAAAACCCAGUGAAGAAUCCAAAAGCAUAACAAGACCCACCAUAAACGAGUCACAGUCCAUGCCAUUUUACAAUCCAAGCGGUAAAAUCAAGAGAAUGGACGGCUCUUUGCCAAAACAGUUAACCAACAGAGAUUCUCUUGACAAAUUCCAAAAAUCACCCUACGGCUGUUGUGACAGGAAUUACUUUCAGUGCUCAGGCAUUCCAACAAUGUGCCUUCUGGAUUACAGUGUCUGUGAUGGAACCCCUGACUGUCCUUUGAAAGAUGACGAAUCUGAGGAAGCCUGUGCUAAACGUGUCUGUGGUGAAGGUUGGUUCAAGUGUCAGUCAGGGGGAUGUAUACCAAUAAAACAUAGAUGUGAUGGGAUAAAAGAUUGUACAGAUGGUUCUGAUGAAUACUGCAAACAGCAACCUGAUUGUCCUCCCUAUCGACAGCAUUUCUGUGCAUCUGGUGAGUGCAUUAGUCAUUACAGUAUAUGUGAUGGCACGCUUAACUGCAGAAAUGGCGAAGAUGAGCUACCCUGCAGCUGCUCUGCCUUCAGGUGCAAGUCAGGUGAAUGUAUCAGCAAUUACGAGGUUUGUGAUAAUGUAAAUGAUUGUUUUGAUGGCUCAGAUGAAGAUUGCCUCAAUUUGCAGUGUCCUGCAAUUCGUUCAUUCAAGUGCAACAAUGGCCAGUGCAUUAGCAAAGAUGAUGUAUGUGAUAGGUUCAUUCACUGCUCAGAUGGAUCUGAUGAAAAGCUUGAAAUUUGUUCCCCCCAGGAAUGUUACUUUUGCCCUUCUGGUAAAUGUAUAAGUAAGACAAAAUUAUGUGAUGGAUAUAAUGAUUGUGAGGAUGGAAAAGAUGAGUCUGACUGCAAAGACUAUGAAUGCAGCAAGGGACUAUUUAAGUGCCAGUCAGGGGAGUGUCUUGGCAUGAAGGUUUUAUGCAAUGGUAGAGAGGAAUGUGUCGAUGGAAGUGAUGAAAUCUCUUGUGGUGUUAUUGACUGUCCUGACUCUAGGCCUCUUAAAUGCUCUUCAGGGGAAUGCAUUUCACCUGGAGAUGUAUGCAAUGGAAUUUUCAACUGUGCUGACAAGAGUGAUGAAAGUAAGUGCUUGACUUUGCCUUGCUUACCAAACUCUGGAGGAAAAUGCAACUCUGGAGAAUGCGCAUAUACAUACCGUGAAGACAAUGAGUUUAAGUGCGAUGGCAUUAAAGAUUGCAUGGAUGGCAGUGAUGAACUGAACUGUGGGGCACAAUGCAAAUUUACAUGUAAAACAGGGGAUUGUUUGUCACCUUAUGGAAAGGCAUGUGAUGGAUACCGUGACUGCCCUGAUGGUAGUGAUGAAGAAGACUGUGAGGAAGCUACCUGUUUUUCCAAAAGAGAAUUCCGUUGCAAUUCUGGUGAGUGUGUCUACACUCCUCUGUGUGAUGGAGUAGCUGAUUGCCGUGAUGGCAGUGAUGAAUUGAACUGUGAGGCUUACUCUUGCAGAAAGAAAUACUUCAAGUGCAACUCAGGAGAAUGCAUCUUUUAUGGCUAUCGCUGUAAUUCAUAUACUGUGGAUUGUAAAGAUGGCAGUGAUGAAAAAGGAUGCAAGAAAAAGUGCUGGAAGAAUGCCAUUCAUUGCAAGUCAGGAGAGUGCAAGGACAAGUACAAAUUCUGCGACGGUUAUGCCCAGUGCUUUGAUGGAAGUGAUGAAAAAAGCUGCUCAGACUUCAAGUGUCCCUUUUACCGCCCAUUCAAGUGUGGGUCAGGGGAGUGCCGCAGAGCCUUCCAUCGUUGUGAUGGAUUCAUUAAUUGUGCUGAUGGGAGUGAUGAAGCAAAUUGCACUGAAUUUACUUGCCCUCCUGAAAGACCUUUUUCUUGCCAAAAUGGCAUUUGCAUCACUUAUUACCAAGUCUGCAACGGUUAUGACGACUGUGGUGAUGGUAGUGAUGAGGUGGAUUGCAGUAGUUUUAAAUGUCCCAAAUCAACAUUCCAGUGUAAGAAUGGAAAGUGCAUUACUUAUUACACUGUUUGCAAUGAUGUUGAUGACUGUGGUGACAACAGUGAUGAGAUGAAUUGCAGUGCUGUAAAAUGUCCAGAAUCUUCUUUCCAGUGUAAGUCUGGGAGAUGUCUUUUUCUUAAGAUGAUCUGUAAUAAUGUUGAAGACUGCCCUGAUGGAGACGAUGAGGCCAAUUGCAAAAACAAACCGUAAUAGGGUAAAAGAACUAAUUUUUAAAGAUGGAUCAAUGAUGAUUCCUAUGAUAUAAUGUAAACAGAACUCUAUUUAGAUGAUUGUGAGGUGAAAACAUACCAUUACAAAGUGAUGCUUGAAUUAAAUGAGACACUGUUAUUGCAGAAGUUAAAUGUACCAAUGAAUAUUAUAAAAAUGCAAAUAAAUAUUUAUAUCAGU